GACGUGCUGCGCUACCACCUCCGCAGCAAGCACUUCUUCGACGUCCAGGCGGAGCUCCCGCAGAAGCACAUGGACUGGGACUCGCAGCCCUCGCCUUGGCUGGCCUACGCUGGCGCUCCUACCGCGGAGUUGCCAACGGCGCUGCUGCCGGAGGCGGCGGGCUGGCGCCAGAGGCGCGCGCCAGCGCCGGCGGAGCUCUCGCCCGCCAGCCUGGGGUCGUUUCUGCGCCUGGGCGCGGGCAUCUCGGCGUGGAAGUCGCACGACGGCACGCACAAGUGGGCCCUGAGGGUCGCCCCGUCGUCGGGCAACCUGCAGACCACGGAGCUGCACCUCCUGCUGCCCGGCGGCCUCGGCGCGCCGCUAGCCGACCAGCCGGCCGCGUACCAUUACCGGCCAGACAGGCACUCCCUGGAGCUUCGGGCGGGCGUGCCGCGCGAGCUGGUCCAGGGAACGGACGGCGAGGCCGUCGGUUUCGUCGCCGUCUUCACGAGCAUCUGCCUCAGGGAGGCGUGGAAGUACGGCGAGCGGGCGCUCCGAUCCUGCCACCUCUCGGCGGCGCGCCCAGGAGGGAAGGUGUUCGGGCAUCCCUCUUCCUACUCCUUCUCCUUCUUCCCCUCCUCCGCCUUCUCCUCCUCCUCAUCCUCCUCCUCCUCUUCCUGCCCCCUCCUCCAGCAUGAAGCCGCAUGGAAGUGA